UCAGUGAAAGCUUUACGACAAGCCCCAGUUAUCAGUCAGGUUACAAUGUUUCGACUAAGCAAUUUCUUUCUGGUCCUCGUUUUGUUUGGAGUUUUCCCAGAAGCGAAGACUGUUCGGGUGAGUUAUCAAGAAUUAUCAUCUUAGAUAAUCAAUUACUCUUUUUGAGCAUGCAUAGUUUUUUAACGUGAUCGAUGUGCGAUCAUUUUUUUUUAAGGAGAAGCCGCAAUCUGAACAACCUUUUUGAAAUGGCAAAAUCAGUCAGUGCCUUUAAAUUACUCCUAAGCAAAUUUUGCUGAGUUAUAAUUCUAGCGUUCCUACUGUUUGAAUUGCCUUGGUGUGAAACUCACCCUGGCUCAAAUGUAUGGUGUACACUCAUUGACGAAAGCUCUGUUUAUGUCUCAAAUCUCGGGAGGCAAAAGUUUAAACCUUAAAUCUAUCACCCUAUAGCAAUUUUCUCACGGGACGAUUUCCUUACGUAAGUUGAGAGAACAAUGAGCCUAAAAUCGUCUCUAGUUUCCAAGACACUUUAGGAAUGCUUCAGAAAAAUUUUCCUUUUGAAGAGCAAUUAAAUGCGUUCAAAACCUGUGUCUGUUUUAAGAAACUACUUCGAUGAACUUGAUUUACCAACGUUCAUAGCAAAAAAAAGCUUGCUCAGUUAAGAGGGACAAAGCAGAACUAGGAGGGAGGCAGAUAAAUCGAAACGCACAAAUUAUUUUGUCUCUGACUUUCGAUAAAAUUCAUUUCUCAAUAUCUCUCUCAAGUUUGAAAACUAGAGGGAUCGCGAAAAAAAGAAACAAUAUGAUUUACUGAGAAUGUCAUAAAAUCGAAACCAGUUUCCUUUAAUUUUGAGAUUAAAACUUGUCGGAAAGGGUAUUAAUUCAAUCAUAAGCAGUCAUAAGGUGAUGUAAUCCAAAAUUUCCAAAAAGAUUUUUCGAAGUGUUAUACAAAUUUCAUUAUGGUUCUCCAAAACGCCAUAAAACUGUUACCAAUUGUCGCGAUUGAACAUUGAUAUUUUAUUUAGUUUUAGUAAAUUUUUAUCUUGCUUGUACGCAUUGCGUGCCAUUGCUUUAGUGACGUUUGGGUCAUGUGAUAUACGCGACCUCAGGGUUGAGAAAUGUAACAAUAAAUAGUUGAGUUUUGGAAAGCAGUCCUUGUUUUUGCGGUUGAAGUGGGAUGGCCAUUAUCUACAGGUAUAACUGUCUCGAUAGAGAAAAGCUGACAGGCUGGAUAUUCAGAAAACAAAGUCAAAAUCAGUUCUAAGAACUGAAGGUUCUAUCAAGAAAAUAACUUUUACAGAAUAAAAAUGUGAUGUUUCCCAACUUUUAAACCAGGUUUCCUAUGCCGGAGAAAACAAAGCUCGUGGAGCAUCUCUCGUAAAAAGAAGCACUGGACACACUCACGCGGCCAGGUCAAUUUGGGGUAGGUACACCUUACUUUGAAUUGGUUGGCGGUAAAUAAUCAAGAGCCUAAGCAUGUUUAGCUGGAUGUCAAAACCAAACAUAACAGAUAAUUAUCAUUAGUAAGAGCUUACAAGUAGAAAUACUUACUACUUUUGUAAAUACUUUUACUUGACUAAUGUUCCAAGAUUUACCAGUUUUCUUAAGUCGCCUAACUUUAUUAUGAUCACGCUCUGCUUUACCAACAGAUUGCAGCUGUUUCCUACCAUUGGGAAUGGAAAGCGGCUAUCUUCCAGACAGUGCUUUAUCAGCAUCCACAUCUUACAGCGCUAAUCACAUCUCUAAAUUUUCCCGCCUUAACAAGAUUCCCGCCAAGGGUAAGGCUGGGGCAUGGUGCGCUGCUAGUAAUAAUCGCAACCAGUGGCUGCAAGUUUUCUUUGGACGUGAGACCACAGUGACUAAGGUGGCGAUUCAAGGGAGGUAUAGUUGUUGCAGUCAAUGGGUGGCAAGCUUCAAAUUAUCUUACAGUUCAGAUGGAAUCCAUUGGGCCUGGUACAGACUCUCUGAUGGACAAACCAAGGUUAAUGUAGUUCACUCAACAAUUUUACUUUUACUGAGAAGUCACGUUCAAGACCGAAAGGGAAAAAACACAGUCUGUGUUACCUUUUUUAUUCUCUUUAUUUUCCUCAGAUGUUUCAUGUGAACGAGAAGCAUAAUUUGCUGACAUUACCAAGUUAUUAAAAUCAUUCUAAUUAAACAAUAAGUAAGACAAAUACUAACUUUGAGGACAGGAAAAACCGCGAUCAAUAUUGAUACCUAAAUCAAGGAGUGCACACUCUCUUUCUUAAAUUAGGCACUCAUUGUGUAUACGUAUGACAUCAAGUGCUGUGGCCUUUCAGGCUUCAAAUUUAAAUUUUUUUUUAAAACAUCAUCUGAGUUGUGCAUUAUAUUUAUGUUGAAGUGAUAAAUUAGAUGCUUUCAUAUCGUCAGAUAUUUGGAGGAAAUGUAGAUGAAAACACUCCUGUGUACAACUUCCUCCAUCCCCAUAUUGAAGCUACAUAUAUCCGAUUCCAUCCUUGGACUUGGCACAACCAUAUUUCCAUGAGAGCUGAGGUUUACGGAUGCAAUGGUAAUUUACUUUUUGUUGGAUUAAUUUAUUCUAAGUCCGAUAUUUUUCAAGAUACGAAGUACAAAUAAAAAUUUGUUCUAGGGAGCAAUGAAGCUUUUUGUUUCCGUUUUUUUCUUUGAUUUAUUUGCCUCAGAUUUUUUUUCAUUUUCUUGUUUUAUUUUUCUGUACACAUUCAUGUUUCGUUGCUCAACAGCACACUUCAAUCUUAAGCAACGUUAAGGCUGAGAAGAAACUUCUUGUCUAUAGACAUUACAGCGUAAAACGUUUUUUCAUCUGCAUAGUAAUUAUGAAAAUCUCAAUGAUAAAAAACCGACUGUACCUUAAGAUAUCAGAUACAAGGCUUCUCAUUUCGAUUAAAAUCGAAAUGAGAAAAAAAUUUUUUUUUAAAUUAUAGAUAAUUUGACAUUUAUAUCUUUUGAUGAAGUUUUACCGUUUCAUUCCCAUUUUGUCUCUUAUUUUCGACAUAUUCAAGUUUAUCACUGCCAGAUGUCGCUUGGAAUGGAAGAUGGCCGCAUCAAAGACAGUGCACUGUCUGCCUCGUCAUUCUACUCAGCAAAGAAUACCGCCAAACUGGGUCGAUUAAACCUCGAGCCACCAUCUGGCUAUGCGGGGGCAUGGAGUGUCAAGACCAACGAUGCCCACCAAUGGAUCCAAAUCGAUCUUGGCAGACCCACUACUGUGACCAAAGUCGCCACACAAGGGAGGCAAAAUUGUUGUAAUCAAUGGGUGACCAGCUAUGCUGUUUCCUAUAGUCUUGUGAGCCCCAAUUGGGUCUACUACAUGAGCCAUGGGAACAAGAAGGUAAAUCUUGGAGAAAUCCUGUUUUUCCAACGUCACAUAAAUUUUCGACAGUCUUUCUAAAAUAAUCUAGGUCUACUUUGGUUUUAGUCCACCAUACUCAACAUAAUGAUCGGCCUAGAGAACAUCGUGCUAGCUUUUAAUCCAAUCAGCAGUAAACCUAAAACCAAUAGCAACUUGGUCAGUCACCGUUUUCUUCGCUUUUGACAGUAACUUAGCCUUAGCGGGAGUUCUGGUCGGCUGCUAGUGGUAUUUUUCUUAGUUCUGUUUAGCUGUACUACUCUAAAUAGAUAAAUGCUCUUAAAUUAACCGAUUUAACCGUCUCGUGAGUUGCAAAGAAUGAGCUUGAACUCGCAUUUAUAUUUUGAAAUAUGUAUCUAGAUAAAAAUUUUUGAGACUGAUGUUCAACAAAAUUUUAUUACAGGUAUUUCCUGGAAAUUACGAUCGCCACUCUAUUGUUACUCAUGAAUUUGUUCCGGCAUUCCACGCACGCCUUGUCAAAAUCCAUCCACUAUCCUACAAUUAUUGGAUAAGCAUGCGCAUAGAGUUGUACGGAUGUCCCAUAAAGGUAAGACUUGGGCAAGAUUUUUCUUUACUUAGAACUUUUUGUUCACUUUUAACGCUGAUACACAUAGUUUGUAUAAGAGUUUUAUGCUUGCUAUUGGGAUAGGCGUCGUCAGGUCUUGUUUUAAUAUGAUGUAUAAUCUCAUGAUAUUUUUUAUUCAUUUUAUAGGGAAUCUAA